AUGAAGUUCAUUCAAGUGGUGCAUAAUGCAGGCCCGGAGGCUCUCCGAGAGUCAAAACGCGAAGCUCGUUCGUACUCUGCCCAGGUGGCACACGCCAGAGCACGGAAGCUUCGCGGACUUGGAAAAGCAAAAAGGAUUGCUAUGGAAAAUGAUCCAAAAACAGAAAAGAAGCAUGCUAUGAAAGCCUUGAGCCCAAAAGACCAGCCUCUAACUGAGAGCUUGGCCCAAUACCACCAAGCGACUCUACCUACAGAAGAGCUUCACAUCCAUCAACCGACGCUAUCACCAUACAUCAACUUCCUUUCAAGUCUCACAGAAGAUGAAUGUUUCAUGUUCGACCAUUUCAAUGGACGUUGCGAUGCAGCCAAUGUCAAUGAGUCCUCGCUCGGUUUCGAGCGCUUUGGUUCUGUCAUUUGA